ACUUCUAGUACUUUGAAUAUUAGCCGCGAGUUAGGUGCCAGAACCUUGUUAUUAUCCCAAUUGGCCAAGCGCUAAGCACAAGAAAACACGAGCAAAGAAUGUCCAAAGAUAGCCCUGUAUCAGAAAGAAAGCAGUUGAACCUGUACAUCUCCCCCAAGCGGCCUGAUGUGACGUAUGAAGUAGUAAAGCGUCCACUGCAAGGUUACGUAUCUACUGCCAGGAAGGCUAUCUGUCUGGGAUGGUCUAGAAUGAGUGAGACAGUCCGAACUUCAGUCUCCAGUGUCCGACACAAAGCUCAAGACCAGCUGGUGACCCUUGGUGUGAAGAACCCUGUCCGUGUGAUGCAAGCUGGGGCAGUGGGUACUGCUACUCUGCUCGGACUGGCCAUGGCCCGGAAUAAAUCUGUUUUUCGACGAGUUCUCUACCCAUUUUUGGCUGGGAGUACAGUUUGGGGCGUGAUCCAUUUCUCUGAUCAUAGGAACAGAAACAAGGUGUCGGAUGUUGUCAAUAAGGAGUUCUCAGAGAAUUUUAACAGAGAAUUUUCCAAGCACUUUCCACGUGAGUAUUGGAAACACCUCCCCAAAGAAAUGAGGGAGGAAAUGAAGAAACAUAGAAAGAACAAUAACGAGGAGAAGAGUGACUGAACUAGUUAUAUAAUUAUACUGUUAUUACAUUAUCUUGUUGAAUUGCCAUCAUAAAAUCGUUCAUAUUCAUGUUACAUUUAACUGUAUUGUUGUCAGCAUAAAUUAAUUGAUUAUAAUUAUAUUACAUGUACAA